UUCGAUUCUUAUUUAUAUGGUUUCGAUUCUUAUUUAUGUGGUUUCGAUUAGAUUCUUAUUUAUGUGGUUUCGAUUCGAUUCUUAUUUAUAUGGUUUCGAUUGGAUUCAAUUCUUAUUUAUAUGGUUUCGAUUGGAUUCAAUUCUUAUUUAUAUGGUUUCGAUUGGAUUCAAUUCUUAUUUAUAUGGUUUCGAUUAGAUUCUCAUUUAUAUGGUUUUGAUUCGAAUUUGAUUCAAUAUCAAUUAGUUAUCAAUAUUUCAUUUAAAAUGUUAGUUUUGCAGACACGGAAUCCAUGUUUUAAUAUAAGUGCUGGUAACUGAAACCGUCCUACUUAGCUAUGUUACUGUAAUACACAUUUACAUUAACAAUAGGGCCCACACAAUUAUGUUUCAUUACUUUUUACUUUUACUUUGAGCAACAAACAUUGUAACAAGAGAUCAUAAAUAUGUGCAUAUAAUGCGCACACAAGCUAAGCACAAACCACAUACUGCACAUUACUGUAAAAAAAUAAAAAACAUUGUAAAUGUGCAACAGUGAAAUUCAUUAAUAACUUCAAACAACAUGUUUAAGAAAUAAAACUGUUUUCCAAAUUCAAAACAUGAAAGAUGGUGACAUGUUCAGGAGGAGAGGCGAACUACAGAUAAUAUUCACAUCCUCUCAAGUAAAGCACUCGCAUUAAGUAUUGAUUCAGGGAUUACCCAAAUAGAUAUAAUUUUGUUAAAUUGAAGAUCGAUUAAAAUUGGAGAAUUGAUAUCUUUUACCCAGCCCUAAUACCUAUUAAAAUAUUUCUUUAAUAUUUAAUUUAAUUGUAUACUUUGUAACUUCUGGGAAAAUGAUAAAAAAUUGUGAUGACCUGUUCUGUACUAGUCUUGUUUCCAUCCAAUGAAAUGCUCUCUACAAUAUAUAUGCCCCACCCCAAGGGGCGGGGCUUGCUCUACAGUAGCAGUUUAUUAGCAGUUAACAAGAGAGGAUGAUGAAAAUGAAACCACGGUUAAACGUUUUUCUUCAAUUUCAGUGGGAACUAAUUGCAAGUAGGAAGGUUAGAUCACAUGUGGCCUAGGAUUGGUCCGUGGAAGCAUUCAAGCCAGUUAUGUGGAUUUGUCGCAGUACUGCAUCAUACCUAAUUUGCAUAGAAAAUGAAACAAAAAGGCGACAGCUGGCAGAAGCUGCAGAGAAGCGACAGAAAGAGAGCACACACAGGGGCAUCAAGAACCCAGAAGCCGUGGAAAGGAAAAAGAAGAAACAAGAGGAGAUUGAAAAGCAGGCAAUGAGUACAUCACCAUCCGGAGGCAGUGGACUUAGGUGGCAGGUUGGUUAGCACAAGGUGAAGAGAGGACAACAGCGGUCAACUUUGCGGCCAGCCCACACGAGCUGUGUUAACCAUCCAAAUGAGAAGGGUGUUUUUGUUUUCUUCUUCUUCUUCUUCUUCUUCUUCUUGAAAUCAAAGCUUUUUGGGUCGGUGUUUGCAGCUUAUAGACAUUUUGCCAAGCUUCCUGCAAAGGACAUCUGAUAGGACGGAGCUCUUUGGAGGUCACGUCUACUUUAUCAUGCCGAGAUGCGAUGUGCCAGUCAGCGGAACACUGACAUAACCAAAGCAGCAGUGUGUCUUUUAAUACACUUGUUUAUUUGUCACUACUGAGAGACACGGCAAGUUCACAGAUCAUCCAACAGGGUGCUAAUCAAGAAGGGUCCGUUAUUUUUAAAUAGUACAAAUGAUUGAGAUGAAUGUAACACUAAUACACAUUUCUAUCACAUUUUGUUAUGGAUUGAUGUAAAGCAUUUGUCACAUUCUCUUAGACACACACACAUACACAUAUAUAUUUUAGGGUUAAGUUAUACUCUGCUGUGUUUUGGUUAGAGGACUAGAGUGCAAUAUAAAUUAUUUGUUCUGUCAGGAUUGUACAGAAUGUUGAAGCUAAGCAUGAAUACUGAUCGUGUGAAUUGGUCUAUUUGAUAUUUACCGUUACAAACCCAUCUACAGACCAAAAUUAAUAAUGAAUGUUUAUUAUACUGGUGGUAAAUGAAGGUCACUGAUUGGU